AUGGCUCCAAAAAAAAUUGAGUCUGCAAGAAUUUCCGUCCUUAUCAAUGGUGGACCAUGUGGAUUCUUUGGAGCAGGGAGAGGACUGAGACAAGGUGAUCCUCUAUCACCAAUCAUGUUUUUCCUAGCAGAGGAGGUAUUAAGUAGAAAUAUUUCAAAGUUUGUGCAAAUGGGUAAAAUUAAGCCAAUGGUGAAUAGGGGUGGAUGCCAACCAACUCAUCUGAUGUUUGCAGAUGAUGUUUUUAUCUUCUGUAAUGGCCACAAGAAGACUUUAGAGUGUUUAACUGAUUUGUUAUUCAAAUAUCAAAAUUCAUCAGGUCAAGAAGUCAAUAAGGCUAAAAGAAAAUUCUUUGUGGGGGGUGUAUCAAUUUCAAGACAAGACAGUAUUGCAGAGCAAAUGCAGAUGGAACUAUAUUCAUUCCCUGAUAAGUAUUUGGGGGUUAUUAUUAAGGAAGAGUCAAGUCUCACCAAAAACUUCUUAUGGUUAGGUGAUCCUUCAGUGAAGAAAUUAGUGACUGUCAAAUGGGAUGAAGUUAAUUCUCCAGUGGAAGAAGGAGGUUUGGGAUUGAGGAGACUUGAAGUUAUAAAUAAAGCUCUACUAAUGAAGUUACUUUGGAAAAUUGAGACUGAAGAUGUGGAGUGGAAUUUGUUUAUGAGAGCUAAAUUCAAAGACAAGAAUGUGAAAUAG